AUGACCUUGAACACUCUACCUUUGGUGCGGCUUCCAGAGCCCUGGAAGACCACCUAUGAGCUGGACGUUGUAUCUACCGAGCACUCUCUGCGCAAGUUCCAGCUGCGUAGAUCUCCCCGCGCCGACGAUGGGGUACCACCGCCGAAACCACUUCACCAUGCCUCCUUGAGGUUCACAGACCUGACGCAGCCUGACACUGCUUCCACACCGGAUGAUGGAAAUAACUCUCCCUGGGCUCGUGCCCAAAGAAGCCCUGUCACGCAUAUCACAUGGUCAGGUUCGGAGACACCCACGGUGGGCCAGAUCUGGAAUGUGGUCUAUGCAAUUGAGACACUGCGCAGCGAGUUUGAGAUUUUCCGUGCUGUACUCUCCGGCGAGGAUAGUGCCCUGCUUGCACGCGAGCUGCAAAGUGUUGGCCUUGCCAUCGCACACCCUGAACCUUCUGCACCACCAGGAAAACCCAUCCCUGUCUCCACGAAUCACAUUGGCCAGCUGGUCUUCUAUCGCAGCAGCUUCUGGCAAGGAGCCGGCUCACCCUUCGGCACCCGUCCUGCAUGGGUAGCUGACCCCGGUAUUUACAGCUUCAUGCGCAAACCCUUGAACGAAUAUCCCACUCGUCCUCGCCAACACACUGUUACUACUGGCUUCCCUGAGCGACGCGUUCAUGCCCACCACCCUGUACGCUCACCGAAGCCAGCCCCCGGAUCGCGCAUCUACAGUCGCUAUAUCCCACACUUGAAUGAGUUCUUCUCAGUCUUUGCACUGGAUUACACAAACAACGAGCACCUCCGGCUCUUCAACACUUGGCAAAAUGACCCGCGCGUAGCGCAGGGGUGGAAUGAAACUGGCACCUUGGACCAGCAUCGCCAAUAUUUAAAGACAGUCCAAGAGGAUCCUCACCAGAUUGCUGUCCUUGCCAAGUUCAAUGACACCUUCUUCUCUUACCAUGAGCUCUACUGGACUAAGGAGGACCACCUAGGCGCCUACUAUGACGCAGGCGAUUGGGAUCGUGGCCGUCACUCACUAGUUGGCAACGAAAAGUUCCGCGGCUCACACCGUACAAUGGCAUGGUGGUCUAGCUUGAUGCAUUACAUCUUCUUAGACGAGCCUCGAACGGACUUCGUCACCGGCGAGCCGAAGUACUCCAACCUAGCCCCCCUGACCUACGACCACGCCACAGGAAUGAACCUGGACAGGCUUGUGGAUCUCCCUCAUAAGCGGUCUGCACUAAUUCUUGGAAGUCGGGAAAAGUUCUUCCACGUUGCUCCCGUGCGGUUUGAUGGGUCCGACUUGCUGGACCGUAACCCGUUCCGCUCGUUGAAACUAUGA